AUGGCGGCCGCUACGUGCGGUGGUUCGCUCCGCUUCUCCGGCCUGAAGCACGGCGGCCCGAAGGAGCAUCACCACCACCACGCGAGGAGACGCGUCGACUCCCGGCGGAGACAGGCCGCCCUCAGCUUCCUCAAUAACAUCUCGCUGGACGGCCGGCGGCCCGCCGAGCUGGUCAAUGGCUUGUCGCAGUGCCGGCCGGAGCAGGAGGCGGCCCCCAGCGCCCGGACGGCCGCCGGUUGCAUCAGCUGCCUGUCGGGGCUGCCGAGCGCCGCGGUGACCGCCCAAACCUCCCGGCUGGGGCCUGCUGCGGGCGCUGGGUACGCCGGACCCGUCUUCGCCUCGCUCGGUGACAGCGGUCUGGGGGCUGGCGCCAGCGAGGGGGCCGGAGGUGGAGGUGGUGGUGGUGGUGGUGGGCAGCAGGUGGCUUCGGGCCCGGGGACCCCACUGCCCCGGAGCGGGCUGGUGACAACGCAAGCGGCUGGAUCCGUCGGACUGGACCUGCAGAGGCAGAGAAGUAGAACUUCUUCAGGAUCUCCCCAUCCAAAAAACGCAAAGAAAGUCCAUUUUAUAAAAAAUAUGCGCCAAUAUGACACAAGAAAUAGCAGGAUAGUUCUCAUCUGUGCUAAAAGAUCACUGUGUUCAGCUUUUUCUAUACUGCCUUAUGGAGAAUUUAAUACUAAUAGUGACGGCAAACUAGAAGGACCAAGACAACGUAACCCUUCUGGUGGCAUUUCAUCCUCGACCGACAUGCUGCUUGGACUUGAGGGAGUUGAACUUGGUGCAGACGGAAAGUCGGUUUCGUAUGCUCAAUUUCUCUAUCCGACCAAUGCCUUUGUUAUGCCAAAAGUGUUGCCAGAGAUUUCAGCUUCAUUAGCGCAAGUUCGAAACAGCAUGCAUCGGAGUUUCACACCAGGAAGACAUGGAACUGCUGCAAUAGCAAUGGACAUAGGGAGUGAAGCUGGAGAUUUAAUAGAAUAUGAUCCUAAUCUUCUUGAUGAUCCCCAGUGGCCAUGUGGAAAACACAAACGCGUUCUAAUCUUUGCAUCUUACAUGACAACAGUGAUUGAAUACGUAAAACCAUCUGACCUGAAAAAGGAUAUGAAUGAAACAUUCAAGGAAAAAUUUCCUCACAUCAAGCUGACACUUAGUAAGAUAAGAAGUCUGAAACGGGAAAUGCGGAACCUGGCAGAAGAAUGUAGUCUGGAACCUUGUACUGUGGCUUUAUCGUUUGUUUAUUUUGAGAAACUUGUACUCCAAGGCAAAGUCAAUAAGCAGAACAGAAAGCUUUGCUCUGGUGCCUGUUUACUACUAGCAGCCAAGAUCAGCAGUGAUCUCAAGAAACAUGAGGUUAAACAUCUGAUUGAUAAACUGGAAGAGCGAUUAAGAUUGAACUCCAAGGAGCUGGUUUCUUUUGAGUUCACAACACUUGUGGCUUUAGAGUUUGGCCUUUACCUUCCUGAGAAAAAAGUGUUACCUCACUACAGGCGCCUUGUCCAGCAAUCCUAGAUGCAAUUACAUUCCUACUGAAGAUGACGCGAACUUCUUCCUUAAAUUGCUGCACUGGUUGAAUUGUCUUUAUUUUCCUUCUCUUUAUUAGCACAAGAAAAACCAUAACAAAGAAACUACUAUUAUACUAGUUGGCAACAGUUACUGCUGAUUCAUCCAACUUCUUGAAGUUGAUUUAUGUCAGUUCUUUUUUUAAUUAAAGCACCUUUAUUGAUACUUGGGUGAAACUUGUGAUGGGAUAAAUGUGUGUAAUGGCCAGUCAUGUGUCACAUGAUGAGGGAUAGUAAUAAUUACUACCAAAAAGUCAACAAUAGGCAACAGCACUUUUCUACAUGGUGACUUGUCGUUGCUGUGAUAGCCUGUUCCAAGCUAUUUGUUCUUCCAAGCAUUGUGCUACUGUAGUGGUUAGAGACUGCUGUUAGUUGCACAGAAACCACAACUCUAUGUUAGAGAUUCAAUUGAAGCACAUUUAUGGUGCUACACAGUUAAUAUUUGAACUAUAUUUUUGAAUAUUUCAUGUUUCACACCCGUCUGUAGUAUAGUGUUUAGUCUUCUGUAAAAAUGUAUUCCUUUUCAUAAUUUUGUUUGUAAAAUGUAAACUGUUUAAGAUAAUUGUCCCUUUUAGAUCUCCUUUCAUGCAAUUUUUAAUCUUACCAAUAGAUGUAAUUAAUAGAUGCACUUAGGGUCCUCUUACAGAUUGUGGUCAGUUGGAAAAUAAUAUUGAAGACCAGCUUUCAUUUUUCUCCUUUAAUGGUAAUAUUGUCAAAUAUUUAAUAUUUAAAUAUUAACUGUCGUCAAAGUUUAUGUAGCUUCUACGUUUUGACAUCUUACCUUUUGUCUUGUGAGAGUAUAAUAUUUUUGUAAUUAAAAAUGGCCAAAUGCUGUAAAGACUGAGCGGCUCAGGCAGCACCUUGGAGUAAGGGAAGAAAGUUAAUAUUUUAAAUUGACGACCUCUCAUCAGAACUAUAAAGUUGGAAAGUUAACUCUCCCUUCCUGUCUCCCUGGAUGCUGCAUGACCUGACGGCAAUUUCAGCAGUUUGUUUAUUUUGGAUUGCUAGCAUCUGCAAUAUUUUGCAUUUGGUCUACACUUAAUUUAAUGGUUUCACAGUGUGAAGCUAUUUCAGGUAUUGACAGUAGAACCAACAGUGAGCAAAUUAUGAUCACAUGAUCAGUCUGCAACUUAUUUAAAAACUGUGAAAAGAGCGCAUUACAUUGCUGCUUUUGUAUAGAUUUUAUUGGUUGUCCAUUCACUUUUUUUGUCUGGCCUGGGAACAGAAGCAGGUCAUUCAAUCACUUGAGUCUGUCUGGUUGCACAGUUGGAUCAAGGCUGAUCUGUACCUCCUCUCCAUUUGCUGCAUGUCCCUUCAUCCUCCCAGCUUAAUAAAAAUCCAUCUUUCCAUUUUGAAAAGUUAAAUUAAUCUACUGUCCACAGUUUGUUGUGGAAUGUUCCAGAUUUCUUCUACCUUGUGAUUAAAUUUCACUUAAAAUGGCCUUGCUCUUAAAUUUUAGACUAUACUUUCCCACUGUAUUUUCCCCUCCCCUACCUGCCCACCAGAAAUUGUACCUUAUUUAAUCAAAACUCUUCAACCCAAACUCAAAGAAAUAAAUGCUAAGUAUAUACAAAUGAUUUUAAUGACUCUCCAAAUUACUCCAAGACCAUUUCUAACUUUUUGUGACUGAACUGCUUCUAAUUUCAUUGUUUUAAGGUGUACUUUCUAAAAUACAAAGGGUAUGCUUUCAAACUCCACCCUCCCUUGAACCUCAUCUCAAUGGUAAUUCUCUAGAGAUUUUAACUUUGCUUGGUAACUUUAUAUUAAGCCUUGGCUUUCUUUAUUCUUUGUUUGUUGUAUCUUGACAACUGAAAAUAUGGAUUAUUUUGCCACAUGGGUGCUGCAAAUUGAAUUGGUUUAUAAAGUAAUGUGCUCUUUUAUUUAUCGUACAAUGAGAAAAUGGAAUUAAGUUAUUUCUCUAAUGGGUUCUCAUUGCUUUAGAUAAUUAAGAAGCAUUUGAGUAUUUCCAAAUGAACUAUGACCUCCUGUGUCUCAUUGCACAAAGUGACAGUCUUGGGACUUAAAAAGCUAUUAUAAAAAAAUUUAUGCAUAUUUUUAUUCAUUUUGUAUUAGUGGAACUGCAAUAUUUCAAGUAAAAAUUUC